UUCGCAAUUCUGUUACAGCAUAAUAUAACCGCCUGGGCAAAACCCUCUCCCUCUUCUUCUUCUUCACUCUCCACUUUUCUCUCUUCUCUCCAAACCCAGAAAAAUUCUCAGUCACAGAAAACCUCAACCCUUCUCUCCCAUGGCGCCUCCAUCUCUCUUCAUUCUCCUCAUCACCGCCUCUCUCACCCUCUUCAAUCCAUCCUCCUCCGCCGCCGCCUCCGCUACUCCCCCAACCACCUCACCCCAUCACCGCCACCACAACCACCACCUCCAUCACCAUUGCCACCUCCAUCACCAUCACCGCCGCCGCCGUCACCUCCAUCAUCACCUCCGCCUCCGCGAUCAAGAAUCUCAAGACCAUCACGACUUCCGCCGUCGCCUCCAUCCCCACUGCCGCUGUCGCCUCCAUCUCCACUGCCUCCGCCUCCUCCGGCGGCACGAGCGACGGGGCAGCAACUCAACAACAUCAUCGACGCUUUGAUCGGCUCAGGCGACUUCGGGAGCUGGGUCAACAUCAUCACGGCUGCGAAUCCCCUCGCCCUUCCACUGAGCGCCACCGUCUUCGUGCCUCAAAACGACGCCGUGACGCGCGUGCCGGCCGCCGACCCGUUCCUGCUGCCUUACCACGUGGUGCCUCAGCGGCUCACCUUCGCCGACCUCCGCCUCUUCAAGACCAACUCUCGCCUCCCGACUCUCCUUCCCGGAAAGUUCAUCGUCGUCACCAGCAAUUCCGAGUCCAAUUUCACCGUCGACGACUCGACUAUCACCCAGCCCGACGUCUACGUCACCGCCAACGUCGUCGUCCACGGCGUCGCAACCGUUCUUGAUUACUCUGUUUACGGCGUCGCAACCGUCGUCUCUAUGCCGAAGCCAAAGCAGCAGCCGUCGCCAGCGCCGCCGAGUCCAGGGCAGCUUCUUCCCGCCGGCGUCAGCAUCCCGCCGUGGAAAUCCGGUGCGACAACGCCGUGCCUCUGCGUUCAGUUUCCGGUUGGAUUAAUGGUGGCUUUUGCAGUUUUGGGGUUGAGGAAUUACAUUUGGUGAGUGAAAAAAAUUGGGGCAAAUCUUCAAAUUAGGGUUCUUUGAUUUCAUUGUCUCAAUUUGAUAUUCAAUUCUCUGUAGAUAAUUGAAGGGUUGGUGACCUUUAAUUCUUGAACAACAUUGGAAAAUUAGGGUUGCGUCAAUGAAUCUCGGCACUGCUGUAAUUGUUACCAUUGGAGAUUUAGUAGAUAAUGAUUUCUUGGAUUUGUUGGAAUUGAUUUCAAUCAGAUUAAAAGUGUUCGUGUAUGAUUGUUUG